UUGAAAAUUUUGAAGCUUUUUUUUAAAAGAUUUUUUUUAAAGUAAUCUCUACCUUCAAUGCAGGGCUCAAGCUCACGACCCCAAGAUCAAGAGUUGCACACUCCACCAACAGAGCCAGCCAUUUUUUUUUUUUUUUGGUAAAGACUCAACCUAUGCUUGAUUUUUUAAAUGUUAUGUGUGAAAAUAAUUUUAAUUCUUUUCUUGUUUUUCAUUCAUGCAUUGUACUCUAUACAGUUUGAACAUCCACAGGUCAUAAUCACUCUUGCUUUAUAUAGUAUUUCUCACCUGUCUGGAGUCUGUUUUCCCUUGUGUGUGCCCAGAUGUGCACCCAUUCUGCAGUUCUCAGUCUCUUUCUGCAUUUCCAUUCCUCUGUCUAGUAUCCCUUACUUCUUCCUCAAGAACUUCUUUUAAGGUAUAUUUAGUGUAGUGAUGAAUUCUCUUAGUUUGUGUUUUCUCUGCUUGUGUGUGUGUAAAUUUUUUCUUGUUGGGUUAAGUGUUCUAUAUAUGUUAAUCAAACUUGUAAAUGAUGUUGUUCAGAUGUUUAUAUUCUUACUGACUUCUUGGCUAAUUCUUCUGUCUGCAUACAGAGAGGUAUGUUAAAGCUUCUUAUUCUGUGGUGGAUUUGACUGUCUUCACUAGUUCUGUCACUUUUUGAAGUUGGGAGCUUACAUUGGACUAUGAUAUUUUGAACCAGUAAUCAGCAGGAGACUCUCAGUGUGGGUGGGUAAGUAUAAGUUUUUCCAAUUCCUUAGGUCAAGGGCCCACUUUUCAGUUAACAGGGUGGUGAUUAUUUUAUUUUAUAAACAGCAAGGGUUUCUUUGUUCUUAUAUUUCCUGUGCCUUUUCUCUUCCUCAGGGUUUAUGCUUUGCCUUCUUCUAAUUUUUUUCCCUUGUAGAAAUUCCUGCUAAGUGUGGAGCACUUUUCUUUUUGGGCUAAAAUAUUUGGGGUAUAUUCAAAGUUCUCCCACUGUUAGGACUUCUCACUAUUUCCAGUUUUUCUCAACUACAUCAACAGCCCCACUGCCAGGCUGCAAUCUUGUGAUUACUGAUCCUAAUUGUGUGUUUUUAUUCUCUCCUUACACAAUAUUUGAAGUUUCUGGGCUUUGCAUCUCUUAAUUUUACUGAAGGUUUGGGUGGUCAGGAAGGUGCUGGUUUCCUGGGGCUUUUAUGUAUCUUAGAAGAAGAGGGAAAAAAUCCUCACAAGGCUAUAUCUGCAUUGCUUCCAGAACCUGGAAUUAUAAGCUCAACAAUUCCCCUUACUUGUGUGUCUUAAAUUUGCCCAACCUUGGAUUCUAAUAUAUUUGUGAGGUUAUGGUCAUGUCUCACAUCUCCUACUUUAAAAAGUUCUCUUUAUAGCUGCUUUUAUUGAUCUAAUGUCAUUUUACUACAUAUGAAUUUAUGAGGUAUGUUAAUCUUCAAUUUUAUUGUAAGUAAAUUUAGCUUUACUGCUCCUAAAUAUUCUUUACAUUGUAGCUCACUCCUAGGGUCUUCCAAAUAGUAAUCUUGCCUUACUUAACAUCCAUCAUGUAAAAUUAAAAAUUCAGAAAAAUUAACUCACUGUUAUUGUUACAUUUGCUCCCCAGGCAAUGGAGAACGUCACUACAGUGAGUGAGUUUAUCUUACUUGGCCUGACCAGUGUUCAGGAUCUGCAGCCUUUCUUCUUUGUGCUUUUCUUAAUCAUUUACUUGAUAAGCUUGGUUGGAAAUGGAGCUAUAUUGGUGAUCAUUAUUUUGGAGCCCAAACUCCACUCCCCCAUGUAUUUUUUCCUGGGAAACCUUUCUUGUCUGGACAUCUGCUAUUCUUCAGUGACACUGCCCAAGCUGCUUCUAACCCUCUUGUCCACUCGCAGGGUCAUAUCUUUCCUAGGCUGCAUCACUCAGCUACACUUCUUCCACUUUCUGGGCUGUUCUGAGGCCAUCUUGCUGGCCAUUAUGGGCUUUGACCGAUUCGUGGCCAUCUGCUACCCACUUCACUAUGCCAUGCUCAUGAACCACCAGGUGUGUGUCCUCUUGGCUGCCGUAGCCUGGUUCACCAGCUUCCUUUAUGCUCUGAUGCAUUCUGUCCUGACUGCACGCCUGAACUUCUGCCACUCUCUGAAACUCCACCACUUCUUCUGUGAUGUGAAGCCUCUCCUGGAACUGGCCUGUGGUGACACGCAGGUCAAUCAAUGGCUUAUUUCCAUCAUCACAGGUGGGAUUUCCAUGGGUGCCUUCUUCCUGACUCUUCUCUCCUACCUCUAUGUCGUUGGUUUCCUUCUGUUUGAGCAUCAGUCCUGCAGCACACUUCACAAGGCUCUGUCCACAUGUGCUUCGCACCUCAUGGUGCUGUGUCUUUUCUAUGGGCCUGUGGGCUUCACAUACAUCCGUCCAGCCUCAGCCACUUCCAUGGUUCAGGAUCGGAUGGUGGCUGUUAUAUACAGCGCAGUCACCCCAGUGCUGAACCCACUGAUAUACACUCUUAGGAAUAAGGAAGUGUGGUUGGCUCUGAAGAAGAUCUUCAGGAGGAAGUUUUGUUGAAAGACUGCCAGGAGCACCUCUGGGACUAACAGGGCAGACGUCUGAUGUCCAUUAAGAGUCAUCCCUUCGUUGUGGUGAAUGGUCUACUUGAUUUGUUUUUCUCUCAGGGAUUUGUAGCACUUGUCACUGUGUUCUGCACUUAUUUAUGUAUAAUCAUUCUUGGUUCAGUAUUUAUUCACUGAUUUACUUAAGAAAUGGUCAUUGAGCGUAUGUUAUAUCAGACAAUGUAGUAGGGGCAGAAAACACAGGAGUGAGAAAAACUCCACAGUCUUGUGAAAAUCAGUUUAGUGUAAUGGGGACCACCCAACAAGCAAACCUGUAAGUAAACACGUAAGGAUAAUAGUAUGGGAUUGAGAACUAAAAGGAGGUAGGAAGGAUGAGGAGCAAAUGGGAUGGGCACAUAUGAUAUAAUAAAGAAUUUAUGUGCUCUCUGUCCUGAGUUUCUGAAAUAGAGCUUGUAAAACUCUCAGAAUUCUCCAAGUGACACAGUGUCUUUGUUAUUCAUAAACCACUUGGAUCACACCUGGGCUUAUGCUCAUAAGAUGACCUUAUAUGGGCCCCAAGACAGCUUCAGGAUGGGGCUGGUCCUGCCAGAAACACCAACCAUAUGGCUAGAGGUUUGCAGCUUUGAGUCAUGGUGAUACAAACCUGACUUCCAGAGAAGAAGGAGGCUGGAGGCUGAGCUCAGCUACGUGGCCAGUCGUUCUGUCAGUCACACCUGUAUAACAGAACCUUAAUAAAAAAGGAUACCAUGACCAAGCAACCUUCUUUGGUUGGCACUGUACACUUUGAACAUUGUGAUGGUUAUUUUUAUGUGUCAACCUGACUGGGCUAAGGGAUGCCCAGAGAGCUGGUAGAAUGUUAUUUCUGGGUGUGUCUGUGUGAGGGUGCUUCUGAAAGAGAUAAGUGUCUGACCUGGUAAACUGAGAAGCUGAGCCAAGAAGGUCCCCCCCCCCCAACGAAUGCAGAUGGGCAUCAUACAAUCCACUGAGGUCCUGAUUAGACUGAAAAGAUGGAAGAAGGGUGUAUGUUGAUAUUGACCUAUUAUAACUAACCAGUUCUUAGUGGGUAGAAACACCACAUUUCCUUAGAUAUGUAAUUAACAGAGUAUCCAUCAGACAAGAUGCUAUACCAGGCAGCAAGGUUGAAAUGAAAAUUAAGGGCAUCUGACUUGUGUGGGUUGAUGGUAAUGGAAAAUGGAUCAUAGGAUCUCCAGUUCUCUGAGUUCUUUAUGCAUGUUGGAUAUUAACAGCUUAUCAGAAAUGUACAGAGCAGUAGCAGAUGGCCGUGCAGCUCCAAUGAUGGAUGGGCCAAAGGGGGGACACAGGACAGAUUCUUGGGGGUUCUUCUUUUUUCCCCAAGUGGUGAAAUGUCUCUGAGGUGAUCCUUCUUAGCAUCAAGCUGCUCUGGAUGUGUAAUGGGAUGAGGCAGGUAAAAUUAUUCCUAUGCUUUCCUAUGUAGUUUGCUCAGUUAAGUUUUGGGGUGGUCAAAAUUUACACGUUUGUGCUCCUAAGCCCCAUGUUGUCCAAGGUCAGCUGUAAAUGCCAGACGCUAAUGAGAACAUAAAAGUCAUCAAAACAACUUUGGGUUUUGAAAAUGUAACCAAAAGUUGACAAUCCUUUACCUAGAUAAACCAAGAAAGAGAAGAUUCAAAUAAAUACAAGUAUAAAUUAAAGGGAAGACAAGCUCGAUACCACAAAAAUACACAGAGACUUAUGAACAGUUGUUCACUUUGGAUAGCUUAGAAAAAAAUGAAAAAAUUCCUAAAAACACACCCUAAUCUGAACAGAUCAAUGAUGAGUAAGGAGAUUACAGCAGGGUUAAAACCCUCCCCCAAAAGAUCAAUCAGCUCUACAGAUUUCUGUUAAACACUUAAAUAAGAAGUCAUUCCUCCUCAAAUUAUUCUAAGAGAAGGGAACACUUCAAAACUCAUUUCACGGGCAAGCAUUAACCUCAACCAAAGCCAAACAAGUUACAGGCCAAUAUCCCUGAUAAAUACAGGGAUUUCCUCAGUAAAAUACUAGAAAAUGGGAUUCAACAGCAUUUGUAAAGGAUCAUACAGCAUUAUUAAAUGGGAUCAAUCCCUGGACUGAAAGGGUGGUUCAAAAUACACAAAUCAGUAAAUGUGAUGCACCACAUUAACAGAAUGAAGGCUUAAAACUGUAUGUUCUUCUCAGUGAAUAAAGAAAAUGCAUUCAACAAAAUAUAAUAUCCUCAGAUCAGACUAGGACUUCAAUAUUCAGGUGAAUACCUGAUAGUGUAUUACUGGAAAGUGAUGUCAUCAUACUGUCCACUAACAAAAAGAAAUCAGGGAUAAGUAGAUGUAUGAGUAGAUAAGAAAAAAUGAAAACAAUCAGCAUGAAAAUGGACAACAGAAACCUAACCUCAGUUAUUAGUAUUUAUUGAACAACUGGCCACAGACUAUUGUCACACUGCUUGGUGCGACACAAGACUGAAAGCAUUACUCAGAGUCGAGAUGGUUUGAAAUGAUGAGAGGCUGGAGGGACUGCACCAAGAAAAACUUCCUUAAGCAAGAGAGGGCUGGGUAGCUCUCUUGUAUUUAUUGGGGAGUGAACAAUAGUAUGUGGAAAUGAAAGGAGAAACAUAAGUUAAUAAAUCAUGUGAGACAUACCAUGACUUAACUAUGUGAGUGUCUAUGCAUAUACAUUGGCAAACUCACGAAGAAUGCACGAGGCAAAGUAAGGGGUAAAGGUGGACUCAACCUUCCUUAGUAACCUGAGCAUUUCAUUCUGGAAAGAAAAACCCUUCUGCUUCUUCCAGCACGUCUUGUGUUCCCUUGGUUGAGCAGGUACUGUGUUCAGCACGUGCUGCAUUCAGCACGCACUGCUCUUGCCCUACUUUAUCUCUCCUGUCCUCUGUACUCCCACAGACUAUAUGAAAAACAUACAAUGUUCAUGGAGAACAUUUCCAGAAUUUAGUAAUUCAGGGAAUUAGAAACCAUAAAAAAUAAAAUUUCAGCUUUGGAAAACAAACAAAUAACCACAAUGACAAGAAACACUAGAAAUUCCAGAAUGGAAAAUUUUAAGAACUCAAAUUAGGAGCUGAGCAGAUGGAUUUAAUAGCAGAUUAGACAUACCUGUAGCAAAACUCAAGGAACUGGAUGUCACCAAGAACAAAGCGCAAAGAAUGUACUGCACACAGAACAAAGAACAUGCCUUAAGCAAAAUUUGAAGAUGGUGGUUAAAAAUAUGCCAAACUGGGGGUACCUGGGUGGCUCAGUUUGUUAAGUGUCCAACUUCUGCUCAGAUCAUGAUCUCAUAGUUUUUGUGAGUUCAAGCCCCGUGCCAGACUCAUGUUGACAGCUCAGAGCCUGGAUCCUGCUUUGGAUUCUGUGUCUCUCUCUCUCUCUCUCUUCCCCUCCCCUGCUCUCUCUCUCUCUCUCUCUCUC